GGACACGAGUGAUCCCAAGCGUCACAGGAGCAACAGGAGGCGCUGAGAGAGAGUGGUUGGAUGGUUGGACCCAUCUGUCCGACCCAUCUGUCUCUACGGCGGUAGUUCCGAAAAAUUGGAACCACCCCGCCAGUUUUGCUUCGGUUGGCGACGGCGCUGGAUUUCGCGCCGGCCAUCGGAAACCGGCGCCGCCAUCGCCAGCAGCUUCCAACUUCCAAACAGUCCAACAAUUUCAACUUCCGAAGAGCAACCGCUCCCCCUCCCGCUCCCGCUCCCGCCCCCGGCCUCCUUUUCCCCAACCCAGUUAGUUUCGUUCUUAUUACCCCAAAGGCGGCGGCAGUACCUUAAAAAAGGAGUGAGGCCGCACCUCAGGGACGAAGGAGGCGGGAAGUAAACAAAGGAAGAGGUUUGUGUGCAGAGGGCGUGCUCAGUGGUGGCUCUGUCUGUCUCGAAUUGGAGUGGACGCGGGACUGCAGCGGAAGAGAGAGGGACAGAGAGAGAGGGAGUGAGGGAGGGAGAGAGCGAGCGAGCGGCGCGGCGCGGCGGCUGUAGGGCCGCAGGACAGUCCGUGGCCCCGUCCGCGACAUCUCGCCAUGGAGGCUCUGGCGGCUUCUGCCGCCGCCGCGUGUGCGCAAGCGCCCUGCGCCGCAGCCGUCUCCGCCGCCGCCAGCGCACGAGGUGGCAGCGGCAAUGGGGAUGCUGGUAGCUCGGUGCGAUGUCGCUCUUCCUCGGCGGCGAGAUUGGCGGUGAAGUUCGUGGGCGGUGGAGGCGCAAUUGGGGGUUCGUCGGCGCGCCUGCAUGCGCUGGAGGGGCACUCGUGCGCCGCAGCCGCCGCGCGUUCACCGGAGGUCUUUGCCUGCGCGUCUGCCUUCCCCGCGGCGGGCGCCGGAGCUACCCCCGCCUUCCACCUGUCAUCUUCCGCGUCCCUUGCGCCGGGCUUGAGCAAAUGGGCAGCGCCAACGACGUCGGGACGAGUGAUCAGACGCAGGGGUGGGGAGAAGGUCUCCGGCGCGCGGGCUUCCGCCGCCGCCGCCUCCGCCGACUUCGCCGCUGGCGAUGGCGCGCCGACUUCCUCCGCCGCCACCGCUUCUCUCUCCGCCCCCGCUGAGGCCAAGUUCUUUGGCAUUGGCACCAAGACCCUCAAGAAGAUCAUCCCUCUCGGCCUUAUGUUUUUCUGCAUUCUCUUUAAUUACACCAUUCUGCGCGACACGAAGGAUGUGCUUGUUGUCACGGCGGCGGGAGCGGAAAUCAUCCCCUUCUUAAAGACAUGGGUCAAUCUUCCCUUAGCCAUCGCCUUCAUGUUUCUCUACGCCAAGAUGUCCAAUGCUCUGUCACGAGAGGCGCUCUUUUACGCCACUCUCGUCCCCUUCAUUGCCUUCUUCGGCGCCUUCGCCUUCUUUCUGUACCCGCUGAAGGGUGUAUUGCAUCCGGAGGCGUUUGCAACAAUGCUGCUGAACUUCGCCGGGCCAAGAUUUGCGGCUCCCAUCGCGAUCUUGAGGAACUGGACCUUUGCGCUCUUUUACGUCAUGGCGGAGCUCUGGGGGAGUGUUGUCGUCUCGGUUCUGUUCUGGGGUUUCGCUAAUCAGAUCACGACGGUGGACGAAGCGAAGCAAUUUUAUCCGUUGUUUGGGCUUGGCGCCAAUGUGGCAUUGAUCUUUUCCGGAAGAACAGUCAAGUACUUUUCACAGCUCCGCGGUCAGCUGCCCCCGGGCGUCGAUGGCUGGGGCCAGUCUCUUAAAUGGAUGAUGCUCCUGGUGGUGGGAAUGGGUGCUAUCAUCAUGGGGAUCUACUGGUGGGUCAAUACCUUCGUUCUUAAUACCGAUGCUUCUCUGCCCAAGCCGGAUGCUGUAAAGAGGAAGAAGAACAAGCAGAAGAUGGGCAUGGGUGAGAGCUUCAAGUUCCUUGUUAGCUCGCAGUACAUCCGCGACCUUGCGACACUGGUUGUUGCUUAUGGUAUCAGCAUCAACUUGGUUGAAGUGACAUGGAAGAGCAAGAUCAAGGCCCAGUUCCCCAACCCGAACGACUACUCCGCAUUUAUGGGCGACUUCUCAACGGCGACUGGUGCUGUCACAUUUGCCAUGAUGCUUCUGAGCCGUGUUAUUUUCAGGAAGUACGGAUGGGGCACGGCAGCACUGAUCACCCCCACAGUUCUGCUCAUUACCGGAGUUGCCUUCUUCUCGUUGGUCCUGUUUAGCGGGCCCCUCACGCCAGCUCUGGCGGCCGUUGGGUUAACGCCUUUGUUGGCUGCUGUCUAUGUGGGUGCGGCGCAAAACAUCUUCAGCAAGAGCGCCAAGUACAGUCUCUUUGACCCCUGCAAGGAGAUGGCCUAUAUUCCACUGGACGAGGAAGUCAAGGUUAAGGGAAAAGCUGCCAUUGAUGUGGUUUGCAACCCACUGGGCAAGUCUGGCGGUGCCCUGAUCCAGCAGUUCAUGAUCAUCGGGUUCGGAUCGCUGGCGCAAUCGACUCCCUACCUGGGAGUCAUUCUGCUGUUUAUCGUCCUGGCAUGGAUUGCGGCAGCACGCUCCUUGGACAAGCAAUUCACUCCUCUGGCAAAGGAAGAUCUGAAGGGCAAGCUGCAGAAAGAGAAAAUUGCUACUCUGCAGCCAGUAGCAGCAGAACCUACACAGCCUGCAAAGGAGGUCACAUACCGCCUUGUCAGUGGACUCAACGAGAAGGGUUUCGUGGAGGGGCACUAUGUGCCCAUUGUGGAUGGGGAACCAGUUCCUCAUAGCCCGGCAGUGGAUGGCCAGCCGGAGCAGGUUGUGGAGUCAACUGAUGGAGCACCAGCGGUAGGGGUGGUGGACGGGGGAAACGGGAGCUCUGUCAUGCCACAGAAAACUGAGGGCGGGGAGGAAGCUGCCAGUGCUGAGACGGUUGUAAGAUCGUGAAGCAGCUUCACUUUGAAUUAUGUUUUUUAGAAAUGGGGGAAUGGUGUGUGUGUGUGUGAGAGAGUGAGAGAGUGAGUGAGUGAGAGAGGGAGAGAGAGAGAGAGAGAGAGAGAGAGAGAGAGAGAGAGAGAGAGAGAGAGAGAGAGAGAGAGAGAGAGAGAGAGAGAGAGCGUGAAGAUUUUGUGAGGGAGUGAGAGUGUGUGAUGUAAGGGGAAGGAGAUGAGAGAUGGUUGGAGAUGGGUGUUGUUGAGAUGGUGGUUGUGUUUUUCAGUGAAGCACAGAGUUGAUUGUACAAUCGACAGUAGGGAGUACAAUGUCAAGACGGUUUCCCAACUCAGAUUGGGUAUAUAGAUGGGAUCCGAGAGUUUUAAACAGAGGGUGCACUGUCUGGUUCAUCUGGUGGAUAAGGAUUGGAGAGAGCAUAUGAUUGCAUUGCAACCCUGCAGCAGUAGGCACAGGUGAGCUGUAGUGUGACGAUUCUCUGUGUUGGCAGGCAGUGGUUAAGCUGGUCUGAUAUAUAUCUAGCUAUGGCUAUGUAUGGGUGCAGAAUUCCGGUGAAGGGGACGCACCUCUAGUGGAAGGAUGCAGAGAAGUGUCUCUAUAUGUUGUGCUGAGACUUGAUAGGUUUCUGAUAGCUCACUUGUGGCAGCAAACUGGAAGCUGCGAGGGACAUAACUGAAAAAGGAUAAGAACAGAGAGGGAGGUGAAUGCAAGAGUGGAGAAAUGCAAUCCCCUUGAUAUAGGAUCAAAUUUGGCUGUCUUAUGAGGCCAAUGCUUUUUUCUUAGCGAGUGUUCUGUGCGAGUCCUCCAGUAAGUUUUCCUGAGCUUGUUGCAGUUAGUGUGUCUGUGUGUCUGAUGGAUGAACUCGCUGUGGAGAGAAGGGAGGGGGUUGUCAAGGUACUAUUUUGGAUAUCCUGCAGUGACUUUUUUGAGAGAUGAGGGCAAUAUGCCCAAUUGGGCUGGGUGGGGGGUCAUCCGGUCCUAAAAUUUUAUCCGGUCUGAUCUCUCAUGUGGUUUAAUUUACUUUGACGAAUUCCGUAGUGAGUGCACUUGAGUCGAGAGAACUGAACAGCAACUCGCUGUUGGGGUCGUUUAUACUCGUUUCUUUUGGUGUUGUUUUUUACUCGUUUCUUUUGGAUGGAGAGACACCGUCGAAAUCUGUCGGGAAAGGUGGUGUUGGUGGUGUUGAUGUCUGUUGUACCACUUGUAUGCAGUACUUUAAUGAAAAAGAAGGUGAGGAGGUUAACUUUUUAAAAUUUGAAGGGUAUAUAUGAGAAGUGGGGAAAUGUAAGGGCGGCGUGUGCAACCACACUUUCAAGUUUUAAGAUGUACGACACACCACUGUAGUAAGUCAGCUGAGUGUACAGUACCUUGUGGUGGGGAUCCCACUGGCGGUCCCAGAGUUAAUUAACUUUGCAGGCCAAGU